UCACCUUUUUAUAACCCCACAAAAACACCCCCUCAUUUUGUCCUUACUGCCUUAGCUCUCUGCUAAAAUAAACCCAGUGAGGUAAGUGCCGGAGGCAUCCUGAGAUGAGUUUUAUACAGUCUGUUCCUUCAGGGCUGAGGAGUGUCCGAGCUGAGCGGAGAAGCAUCCCAGAUCCGUAGUGGGACGAGGAACAAAACCCAGAAGAAAACGAGAAGGAAACACAGCCUGAUCAUGAUUAAGUCAAAACCACUGGAGAUGCAUUCUGGAGUGGAUGGCUUGACGAGGCAGAGGAUGCUGCAAGCCAAAGCUCUGUCUCAGGAGGCCAGAGGAGGUCUGAACCUGGGGAAGAAGAUCAGCGUACCAAAAGACGUGAUGAUGGAAGAGCUGAACCUUUCCUCCAAUCGAGGCUCUCGCAUGUUUCAGGAGAGACAGAGGAGAGCCGAGAAGUUUACGCUAGAGAACGCUGCCAAUGGACCUUUCAACACAGAAGCUCAUCUUGAACUCAGUCCCCCCCUGCAGUCAGUCUCCAUGCCGCAGGGAGGAAAAGAGAACCAGGCUUUCUCCAUCCCCGGUAAGCACAGCCUGGUCAUGAACCUUCAGAAGACUGUAGCAAAGAAGGGCAAUCCCAAUGUCCUGGCUCCAGGCUACUCUGGGCCCCUAAAGGAAAUUCCACAUGAGAAGUUCAACACAACGGUAAUCCCCAAAUCCUACUGCUCCCCAUGGAGGGAAGCUUUGGGAGGCAGCGAAGAGCUUCUGAAUACGCUCAACACCCAGCUGCCACAGCCCCCACAAAGACUACAGCCUGCUAACUACAGGUGCUUCAACAGAACUCCGAUGCCAUUUGGCGGCACAACGGCCAGCAAGAGAGUCAUCCCAGUUAUUGGCUUUGAGGCCGUGGAGCCCCAGAAGCUUCCCGGCGUCGCCCUAGACCGCAUGUGUCGACGGCCAAACUUCAACAGAGCGCCGAGGGGAUGGGGACUAGACUACAGCCCUGAAUCUAAUGAGCUAUGAGUGACUUAAGCACAAGCCUCUCUCCUCGAAACGGUCCCUCUGUUGAUUGCAACAAUCGAAAGGAGAAGUUGGAAGAAAA